GUGUGGUGGAGGGGAACAUGGCUGCUGUCGAGGCCUACAAGUCGUCCGGUGGUGACAUCGCCCGUCAGCUGACUUCAGACGAGGUCCGUCUCCUGAACCGCGCCACUGCCUUCAACGAUGGCUUUACGCUAGUUCACCUGGCCAUCCGCUUCCAGAGACAAGACAUGUUGGCCAUCCUUCUCACUGAGGUGUCCCAGCAGGCAGCUAAGUGUAUCCCUGCCAUGGUGUGUGGUGAGCUGACAGAACAGAUCCGCAGGGAGAUCGCUGCCUCUCUGCACCAACGUAAAGGAGACUUCAACUGUUACUUCCUCUCUGACCUGGUGACCUUCACACUGCCCGCAGACAUCGAAGACCUGCCCACUGCAGUCCAGGAGAAGCUGUUUGACGAGGUGUUAGACCGAGAUGUACAGAAAGAGCUAGAGGAGGAGUCUCCCAUCAUCAACUGGUCCUUGGAGCUGGGUACCAGGCUGGACAGCAGACUGUAUGCCCUGUGGAACCGUACCCAGGGAGACUGCCUGUUAGACUCAGUACUGCAGGCUACCUGGGGGAUAUACGACAAGGACUCUGUCCUCCGCAAGACCCUCCACGACAGCCUGCAUGACUGCUCUCACUGGUUCUACACACGGUGGAAGGAGUGGGAGUCGUGGUAUUCUCAGAGCUUUGGUCUCCACUUCUCCCUCCGAGAAGAACAGUGGCAGGAGGACUGGGCCUUCAUACUCUCUCUGGCCAGCCAGCCUGGUGCCAGCCUGGAACAGACUCACAUCUUUGUUCUAGCCCACAUUCUUCGUCGACCAAUCAUCGUGUACGGAGUGAAGUAUUACAAGAGUUUCCGUGGAGAGACAUUAGGCUACACUCGUUUCCAAGGUGUGUACUUGCCCCUGUUGUGGGAGCAGAGCUUCUGUUGGAAAAGUCCCAUCGCCCUGGGUUACACACGCGGACACUUCUCUGCCCUGGUCGCCAUGGAGAACGACGGCUACGACAAUCGCGGCGCGGGCGCCAACCUUAACACUGACGAUGACGUCACCGUAACCUUCCUGCCGCUGGUGGACAGCGAGAGAAAACUGCUGCAUGUACAUUUCCUGUCUGCACAAGAGAUGGGUAACGAGGAGCAGCAGGAGAAGUUGUUGAGGGAGUGGCUGGACUGCUGUGUAACGGAGGGAGGCAUGUUGGCCGCAAUGCAAAAGUCGUCCCGUCGACGCAACCACCCACUGGUCACACAAAUGGUGGAGAACUGGCUGGAUGGAUACCGACAGAUCUGUCCCUGCGCCUCUCUCUCCGACGGGGAGGAGGAGGAGGAGGAGGAAGAUGAGUGAAGGAUGGGAAGGACACAGUGACACAGACACAGGAGAGGGCGUCACUGGAUGGGGACUCGAGACCACUAGCAUCCUUCAUACGGUACCAUACGCCUCCUCACCUCAGAGAGAGAGGAUCCACGGUCUUCUGCGCUGCCAUCUGAGGCUGUAUCCCAAAGCACAUAGGGUUCUGGUCAAAAAAAAGUAGUGCGCACUACAUAGGGGAAUAGGUUGGCAUUUGGGAUGCAGGCGGAGCGAUCGAUGGUCUCUCACUCUGCCGUCUCAGAAGCACUGAAGAGAGGAGACCUGCUCUGGUCCUGAAAGAACUCUUGGAACACAUUCUAGAAUCUCCUCAACAAAACCAUGGCAACAACAAUGGGUGCGUUCGUAAAUUCACUCUGGAGUGCGUUGUCAGUUCGUAAAUUCACUCUGGAGGGCGUUGUCAGUUCGUAAAUUCACUCCGGAGUGCGUUGUCAGUUCGUAAAUUCAGAGCGCACACUGGAAC